UGCUUAGAGUGCUGUAAUCUUACGGCUGAGGUUUUGUUGCAGGCUGAUCUCUAGGCUGUAAGAUGGAGAGCGAAUAUAGGAAAAUACUGUUGUUGAACGGCCUGGACCAAAUCACGGAGGAGGAGCUGAAGCGGUUCAAGUUCCUUGUCACAGACAAGUUCGGCAUCCCGAGGAGCAAGCUGGAGGAAGCUACAAACAGGACAGAGUUAGCUGACCAGCUGAUUCAGAGUACAACAAACCCAUCGUCUGCGCUGAAAAAGACUAUUAGUCUUUUCCUGGAGUUGAAUUAUAGGAAUGCUGCAAAUUGUCUUCAGGAGGCAAAGAAAACAGCUGAUAUUCGAUCCAAGAAGAAAGGCUCACAGCAAGUAGAAAAAAAAAGUCAAGCUGAAAAUUGUUCUGGUGCCUCUGCUGCUAGCAGAGACAAAGCCAUCAAGAAACACUCUGCUGCAGAAGUCUGUCCUCAAGCCAAGCCUCAGAAGAAGCAGAUCGUGGCAGAACAGGAAGCCAUCAGAGAAGGUGUACAGAAAGAUCCACUGGCAGUCUUGGUGCUGAAAGCUAUAGAUCCUUUCGAGUGUGAGACUCAGGAAGGAAAGCAAGAGAUAUUCCAUGCGACAGUAGCCACAGAGACAACAUAUUUUUUUGUAAAAGUUUUAAAUGCACAGUUUAAAGAUAAGUUUAUCCCAAACGUAACAAUUAAAAUAUCGAACUAUCUUUGGCACAGUAACUUCUUGGAGGUGACCAGCUCCUCAACUGUGGUUGAAGUUGAUUCUGACCACAAAGUCUGUGUCCCAAAUAACAUUAGAGACAAAGCUGGGAGAACUCCCAAGAUUAGUAAGCUGAAAACUCAGCCUUGUGGAACAAUUGUGAAUGGGAUGUUUAAAGUCCAGAAGAUAAUACAGCAGCACAAGGAUAGAGUAAUAUAUGGUGUAUAUGACAACACAGGGGAGAUGGACGUGGUGGUGCUUGGAAAUCAAAGCAAAACAAAAUUCGAGGAAGGAGAUAAGCUUAGACUCUCAUUCUUUGAGGUGUCAGAAAAUAGAGAGGAAAAACAGUUGAAAUCUGGACCCUACAGCUUCUUUAAGGUAUGGAAGAACAUCAGUUCUCAACAGAGGACGUUAUUUUGUGUUUUCUGUCAGUAA